UGGUCGUCGUGCCACGGCGCCCGCCCGUUAAAUUUACUUUUUCCUUUCUGGCACACAAAUCGGACGGCUUAUCAACGAGCCAUCGCCAGUCCAUUACCGAAUAGAAAAUCCGUUCCAUGUUACCAUCGCUCUCUUGUGAAGCCUGCCAUUAGAUUGUGCGUUUCCAGUGGUUCAACAGCCUCAUCGCAACCAAGUUGUAGGGAAUAGAAAGGCGACAAAGUGAUAAACAAGUGGUACAAUUAAUCUAUCUGCUAUUUACCUGUGGACGAGAACGUUAAGCUAUUUUAAAUCCCCGCUUGCAGCCAAAAACAACAACUUCUUUAUCAGUGCAAGACGUAGGCGAUAAAGUGAGGCAGGUUUCGAUUAGUUUACUUCACGUGCACGAAGAAAUUGUCGAGUCAGUGCGUGAUUUGCUAGGGCAAAGGCGAUCAUUUGGCGGCUAUCCGAUAAUUAAUCGUUACCUCAUCGGUGCGCGUACUACACUACAUCAGGGCAGGAAGGCCGGGAACGACGCAAACCUACAUGACACCCGCUUUAGGUACAGCUUUGGAAAAACUGGUUUCGUGAGUGUGAGUUGCACAAGAAAAAACAGCAUCAAGAUGCAGGUCCUCAGUAAGAUGACCCCGGUGCCCGUCACCUGCUUGGAGUACGUGCAUCCGUGGACGCAAUCUUGCACAUUAGCAACCGCCGAGCUAAUGCUGGUUGGUUUGCAGUACUGUUUGCGAAUUUAUGCAGCUGUUUAUGCGUUCUCCCUGCUGAUGCGUGGCCGCGUACCAACCCUGGCAGAACUAACCAAAACGAUCCGAGGUUGGCUUCAGUCCACCGUUUUCCUCACGACCAAUGCCUUCAGCUAUUCGAUGUUUCUGUGUUUCAUCCGGCGUGUGAUGGGCUCGUUCAAUUUCUACACCGCCUCCUACAUACCAGCCUUCCUGGCGGCCCUGGUAUCCAUCUUGGUCGAACGUUCCUCGCGCCGUGCCCUGCUAGCCCUGUACGUGUCGAACGUAGCCACCGAAACCAUGUGGAACAUUCUGCAAUCACGCGGGCUCGUCCGCUCGCUACCGUACGGUGAGAUUGCCAUCUUCGGGCUGUCCACCUCGGUCCUGAUGUACUGCUACCGACGCAAUCGUCAGAAAGAGUACCGCGACUCGAUGUUCGAUGUGGUUCGGUUUGCCAUCGGUGAAAGCGAGGUAAUGAAGGCCGAAUCGCCACCGAUCGAUGACAGUGGCUCCACUACAAAAGAGGAAAAAGUUCCAAGAACAAGCCAAACACGGUCGAGUAGCCGACGGCUACCCUAUCCGUUUAUUCAGACGAUCCUGCGUGCCUACCUGCAGCUUAUCGGACGGCUGAAGGCUCUCGGGAAGCAUAAACUUUGCCGGCAUCGGCAUGGAUGCGUUUACGAUACAGUUUCCAGCGGGAUGCGCAUGUUCUCGAUGGGUCUCGGAAUACAGGUCGUGAUGAAGGCGGUAUUGCAGCUACGAAAAUUCAUCAACCGGCCGCAGUUGAUACGCAAAACGUUCCUUAACAAGGAGAUCGCCCGGUUGGGACUGUUCCUGGGAGGGUUUACUACAAUUUAUAAGAUGUCUUCCUGCUUGUUGCGUCACCUGACGGACAGUGAUAGUCCAAGUUUUGCCUUUCCUAGUGGACUUUUAGCAAGUAUCGCUUUUGCCUUCUACUCCGAUAACACGAUUGCCUUGUACAUUAUGUGGAAAACGUUGCAGAUAACUUAUAACUGGGGUAUCGAGAAGGGCUACCUGCCACGCGUUCCCGGGUUCACCAUUAUGCUGUACGCAACGAGCACAGCGCUACUAUUCCACGCCGCCACAAUCGAACCGGAGAACCUGCGACCGAGCUAUUGGAAGUUUUUGCACUCCAUCUCGGGAGGAAGAAUUUGCAUCAUGGAUCGAAGCAGCUUCGACGUGUACGGCCUCAACACAUCCGGGCAGAUACGCACGAUGAUGCAGCUGUGCAAAACGGAACCGAUACUCCAGGGAAACCUGAGCUGAGAUGCAAUACAUCGAUUGUUCGAUUUCAACUGGAUAAAGCUUUAAGCUUUUUUGCAAAAGAAACGGCCCAAAAAUCAAAGAUUAGCUACCAAUUGUAUCCGAUCC